GACAAUCGACAAUGCUAGCGGGAAAUUAAAAGAUGAUUGUUUCCUGUGUAAUAAGAUUUAUAUUUUAUUACUUUAGUUUUGUUUUGUUGAUAUAGUCUUUAGUAUGUAAUUAUAUAAUACAUACGCCGGAGUUUUCUGUUAAGAUUUAGAAUAAAUGAAAAAAGAGUUGUUUUGAUUUGAUUUAGUUUUUAAUUGAAAUACGUCCCGGUAUUUCACAUUCUUGUGAUUAAUAAAGUCGCUUACGUAGUACUUUGUAAAAAUGAGUCUCGAAUCUAUUAAAUAUCAACGUGGGAAUCUUGAGGUAUUAGACCAAUUACUUCUUCCAUUUCAAAAAAAAUAUAUUAAAGUAGAAGGAGUGGAAGAUGGAUGGAAAGUUAUCAACAAAAUGCAGGUUCGUGGUGCCCCGGCCAUAGCUAUAUUAGGAUGUUUAUCACUUGCUAUAGAACUAUUAAAAGAUAACAGUUCAGACAAGAAAGUGAUGAGGCAAGAGAUAGAAGGGAAACUCAAUUAUUUGGUGUCAGCUCGACCGACAGCUGUGAACAUAAAAUUGGCUGCCGAUGAGCUUAUUAAUUUAGCCAAUACACUGAGCGCCGAUGAGUCUAUCAACCCAGACGAAUUUAAGGAGCGAUUUAUCUCAAGCAUCGAAGGUAUGCUAUCAAAAGACAUAGAAGACAACAAGGCUAUAGGCAGAUAUGGUUGUGAAGCUAUACUAAAGAAUUUGGAGGGAGAUGGACAAGUUAGGGUUCUCACACAUUGCAAUACUGGCUCACUUGCCACCGCCGAGUAUGGUACCGCUUUAGGUGUUAUUAGAUCCCUACACUCUGCCAAAAGACUGGAACAUGUAUUCUGCACGGAGACCAGACCCUACAAUCAAGGUGCUAGAUUAACAGCAUUCGAGCUGGUGCAUGAGAAAAUUCCUGCUACUCUUAUUGUAGACAGUAUGGUGGCUGCUCUUAUGCAUGUCAGAAAGAUUGGUGCCGUCGUUGUUGGCGCUGAUAGGGUAGCGGCAAAUGGAGACACAGCAAAUAAAAUUGGUACAUAUCAAAUUGCGAUUGUGGCAAAAUAUCAUAAUGUACCAUUUUAUGUGGCUGCACCGUUCACAUCUAUUGAUAUAAAUGUGCCAUCUGGGGAACAUAUCAAGAUUGAGGAGAGACCGGAUAAAGAAAUGACACAUAUUGGUGAUAGGAGGAUUGCAGCUCCUGGUAUAAAUUGUUGGAAUCCAUCAUUUGACAUCACUCCAGCUUUCUUGAUCACUGGAAUAAUAACAGAAAAAGGUGUUUUUCUCCCACACAUGUUGAAAACACUAUUCCCCAUAUAAUUUUAAGUCUAUAAUGUUCCUGAUGAAAUAUAAUAUAUAAGCCAGAAGUAAUUGAUGCUACAAGCUAGACUUAAGCUACCUAUAAUUGCUUUUUAUACCUUUUAUAAAAGUUUUAAGAUAUAUUUUCUAACGCGAUGAUGCUUUGUCAAUUGCUUACUAAGCAUUAAACAUUUUUACAUAAGUUUAAAAAUGAUCGUCGCCACGCUCCAUUGCUGUAUAAAAAAAUGUUUCAGCCUUUUUUCAAAGCUGAUACAUAUCUAUUUUGUAAACUAGUUUUAAUCCAAAUAAACCUAAAUUU